AUGGCGUCUCUGCAACUUCCACUCUCUCUCCUCAUAUUUUCUCUCUCCAUCCUCUCCGCCGUCUCCCAGCCACAGUCGCCGCCGUCUGCGCCUCAGUCCAUCAUCAACGCCGCCGAGACCCUGGCCAGCUCGGGGUACACCGCCAUGUCACUCACCCUCCAGCUCAUCGCCCCCGCCCUGCCCCUCCCCUCCGCCACCAUCACCACCCUCACCAUCUUCUCCCCGCCGGACUCCGCCUUCUCCACUUCCGGUCAGCCGUCUCUCGCCCACCUCCUCCUUCACUUCUCCCCCCUCUCUCUCCCCCCGUCGUCACUCCACUCCCUGCCCUUCGCCUCCAAAGUCCCGUCCCUCUCCCCCGCCAGCCACCUCGUCGUGACCUCCGGCCAUCCCGAGAAAAUAUCAAUCAACAACGUCGGAGUCUCUGAUACCCCCAUUUUCGACGACGGAUUUGUCGUCGUCUAUGCAAUUGACAAUUUCUUCGACCUGAAUUUCACCCUAGCGGAGGUGGAUCGGGCCAACCCGAACCCUAGAUCAUGCCUGAAGCUUGAAUCAUCCUCCAGAUUUGGGGAUGCGUCCGGAGUUCUGAAAUCGAGAGGCUACUCGUUAUUUUCCUCUUUUCUCGAACUGCAGCUCAUUGGAUUUCUGGGGAACUCACACGACGCUGUGAAACCGUGGACAGUUUUUGCAGCGAUGGACGAGGAAUUGGUCCAGUUUUCCGGCGAUUUUAUGGCCAACGGGACUGUGGUGUCCAACAACGUGAGUGGUUUUAGCUUGGAGAUUACGAAGGAUGAAAUUGAUACAGUGAUGGUGAAUGGAGUCGAAAUCACUUUCCCAGAGCUGUACGAAAGCGAGUGGCUGGUGGUUCACGGGAUACGAGCAGUGAUUGCUUUGCCGGAGAUUGGCGAUGAGGAGAUGGAAGUGAUGGAGGAUUUUCCGGUGGAGGAAGACAACAACUCGAUGGCUGUGGAUAAUAGGGAAUUUUGA